GAAUGGGGUCCACUGCGAUAAAUCCAGAUAUUGCGAGCGAAAGACUCACCGCAACAUUUGACCCAUUGGAAUUAACUCACUUGUUCGAUGGAGGAAAAGAAAGAACUGCUCGUCGGAAAGAAUUAGAGAAAAUGCUGUUCAGUGAUCCUGUGUUUUGCCUGAGAGACAGUAUAUAUCAGUCAAACUCUGAACUUUAUUCUGCUACCAUGGCACGAUCAGUCAAACUAUUUCGUCUACAGCAGGAGCAAAACUGGAGUGACGAAGACUUGAUGUUGGUAUUGAGAAUCAUCCGUGAACAGCAUUGCCUGAGUCUGCAUCAUUCCAUGUUCCUACCUGCCAUAGAAAGGUUGGCUACUGAAGAACAGAAAGAACGAUGGCUGCCUCUCGCCAGGCGGUAUCAGAUGAUUGGAACAUACGCCCAGACAGAGUUAGGUCACGGUACAAACCUGAUGGAGCUGGAGACCACAGCUACAUAUGAUAAAGCUACAGAUGAGUUAGUCUUGAAUACACCAAAGCUGUCCUCCAUCAAAUGGUGGCCUGGCAACUUGGGAAAAUCAAGCAACUAUGCUAUUGUUCUUGCUCACCUGGUGGUCGACAACAAGAGAUGUGGCAUGCAUCCGUUCAUGGUACAGUUACGCAGCAUGGUGGACCAUACACCAAUGCCUGGUAUAAAGUUGGGUGUUAUUGGACAGAAGAUGGGAGGAAACUUUAACGACAACGGUUUCCUCUUCCUGAACAAUGUCAGGAUACCACGGGAAAACAUGCUGAUGAAGAAUGCACAGUUAACACGGACAGGUAAAUUCCUGUCCUCAGGCCCUAACAAGGCUAACUAUGCCACAAUGAUUUAUGUUCGGGUGAUGAUCUGUACCUGGACCUUUGGUGCUUUGUCAGCUGCUGCAACAGCAGCCAUUCGUUACAGCAGUGUCCGGCGCCAGUCCACUUUAUCACCAGGGAAGCAGGAGAGUAAGGUCCUCGACUACCAGACCCAGCAGUACAAGCUGUUCCCUGCUCUGGCUACUGGUUAUGCCUGCUUCUUCAUUCACAAGGUUCUUUCUGCCAAGUAUCAAGCUAUGCUCAUCGACAUGAAGAGUGGCAAUGCCAAGGCACUACCUGAGAUGCAUGCCUGGUCAUCAGGAAUGAAGGCCUUAUUAACAGACAUAGCUAUAUACAAAAUGGAGAUUUGUCGGCGGUCAUGUGGUGGGCACGGAUACCUACGAGCCUCGGGGAUCUCUGACAUGGUUUGUGGUGCUACCCCACUGGCCACAGUGGAGGGAGAAAAUACCGUUCUCUACUUACAGGUGGCAAGAUACCUGGUGAAACAGAUUGCCAAGGCAUUGACGGGCCAGCGUACAACGGGCACAACAGAGUAUAUGAACAUGAAUGAGACUAGCUAUAUUUGUCCUCUACAAAAACCUGGAGACUGCAGGAAUGUAGACUUCCUAUGUGAGCUGUAUCAGAAAAGAGCAUACAGAACGGUUUUAAAAGUUGCUCAAGCAUUGCAGCGAGACAUGGAAUCUGGGAAGGAAGAGGCAGUUUAUAUGAACAAUAACCUCCAGCCUCUCGUCAGAAUGGCCACGGCCCAUUGUUAUUAUGUAGCCAUGAGAAACUUUGUUGAUGGACUAGCCAGUGUACAGGUCAGUCCUCCAGCCAGGAAGGUCCUGGACAAGUUGUGCUGUCUGUUUGGGGUUCACUAUAUUGUUACUCUGUCAGGAGACUUCCUGGAGUCUGAAGCAAUGGGUUUGGAACAGCUACAUUGGUUACAGGAACUAGAGCUACAACUUCUUGCAGAGAUACGACCUGAUGCAGUGACCUUAGUGGAUGCCCUGGACUUCCAUGAUGAAACCCUUUCGUCUGCUAUUGGUUGCUAUGAUGGCCGUGCCUAUGAACGACUUUAUGAGGCUGCCCUGAAGGAGCCAAUGAAUCAAACGGAGGUUGAACCUGCCUAUGACAUGUAUUUGAAAAAGUUGAUUAUGGAAGGAGCCCAGUCCAAGUUAUAAUGCUGAACAAAAUGUUUCAUCCAUGUCACAACAAAUUCUAAAACCCUACAGUUACUAAUUUAUCACACAAUUUAUUCAGAGAAUUAACCUGUGUUAUAUUUUUGGACAUAUGUCACUACUGUGACAUGCUGGACCUGUGCCUGUCAGAAAUGGAUUCUGACGUCAUUGUAUGGACAAUAACGUCAUAAAUUGAAAAUGAUGUAACAAAAUGGCAACCCAGUUUGAUUGUGUCCUCCACAUUUUGACUUUAAAACCUGUCAAAAUGUAACUGUUUUACGUUAUGUGGGAGAAAAUAUUUCAAGUCUGUUUUUAAUUUUCAAUGAUAUUCAUGAAACUCUGAGAGUUUCAGUUUGUGUUUGUCAAGGCUUGUAAAAAUGAAAAUUUGUAAGACUAGUUUCAUCAAAUUUCAUACACAAUCAAAGAUCUUGUAACAUCUUAUAUAUGUUGUACAUGGUAUUCUACGUUUUAAAAGACACCAGUGUUUAUAUCAUUUGUCGUUUUACAUACAUACAUAUACAAUUUAAUCUGGUCUUAUCUCUGUGAUCUAAUCAAAACUAAGUUGAAUGUACUUUGAAAUAUUUUCAUAUAUUUUUUUGUAGAUUUUUUUUAUUUUUGAAAUAAACCAGUAUGGCCAGUUGAAUAUACUUUUCUAGGAGAUGUGUUCCUACCAAAGAAAAGAUAGCAAGGAGGGAUUUAUUGUGAAACAGUACACACCUUGUGUAUAUAUAUAUAUAAUUAAUCUAGAUACAUUUUUCCCAAUUGAUUCUAGAUUUCCAAUCAAAGAUUUCUAUUGAUAGUUAACUGUAGAGGUUGUACUCAGGUGGAGUUGUUUUAGCAUGUCUUAACCUACAGUUUUGUUGCUGUUAAAAACUGUUAAAAAUACUUCAGAGUAUUCUGGCAUAUCUAAACAGGGAUGUGCUUUACAAUGAGGAUUUUAGAAUUACAUAUUAUAUUUUAAUGCAUCAUAUCUGUAAAGUGUUGUUAUAUUUUGUAACUUGUACUUUGUAAAUUUAUGAACAUUGAAAAUAUUCAUGAUAACAGCAUUCAUUUCAUUUCAUUUCCAAACAAAAUAAUCUACAAAGGUUUUGGAUAUGUAUGGAAAUUAGUCACCUUUAUCUUACAACAAUGUUGAUAAUAUAUAUGUAAAAGGUUUCAAGUUGCACUGACUAAUUUAUUCAUUAUUAAGGAUUUUAAUACUUUAUGAAUUACCCGUAAAUCACUACAACCAUUGCAUAAUCAUGUUUUUCCAGUGUCCUCAAAUUUUAAUUACACUAGAAACAGCAUUGAUGUAACCAUUGUACACUAAGUGGCUUUAUAACUUAGGAACUGCCAAGUUUUUAUUUUGUGAAUGAUUUAUGUACAGCACUUGUGGUCAGUAAAAAGUAGUGCCCAAUAUAUGAAGUGAAUGAAGUACUUGCCAUUGUUUGGAAUUUUUUUCCAACCACAUCCUAUGUAUGUUAUUUACUGAGGUCAAGGACAUAACAUAUAGUGAAGUAUAUUAUGUCCCUGUAGAGACACCUAAUGUAUUAUUACAUAUAAUACAUUUAUUGUUUUCUUCUUCAAAUGAGUAAGUUUUCAGUAUCUGGCAAAUCGGUUAUUAUGUACAUGAAUCUAAUUGGGUUUUUUAUCACAAAAAUAUUGUUAGAUUUGUUAUCAAAUGUA